AUGGAGUCUUCUCGUUUUGAUAAAAAUUCUAGAGAAAACCUUUUGUCUUCAGCAUGUUGCGUGGGUAAUCGGUCUUCUGUACCUCCGUCUUUACCUCUGAGUCAUGUUGUGGAAAAUGGAGAACAUUUGAUUGAGCUAGCUGUACGAACUGGGGAAAAAAGUUGUUCGCAUGAAGUAGAAGAGGAAACCUCAGUUGUUUCUGGUAGAGGUAAUGUGGAAAUUGAAGAGGUGGAUAAAUUGAAUGAUCAGAUUCCAGCAAUGAAUGUUGCUAUUGAAGUUGAUCAAGGUUCUAAAAUGUAG